AACCAACAAACCUCAUUCCCUGCAGAGAGAUGGAGGUGAGGGGGCAUGUGCAUUUGAACAGCGGUUACAGGAACACACCAGACCUUACGCUGGUCCUGGGGGGGAUCUGCCGCUGUGUCUUCAUUGCUGUUGUGCCCUCAUCCAUCACCUUUAACUAUCUCUAGAUUUACAGUUAUCUAAUUUACCCUUCCAUCCCCCAGACUUUCACCUUCAAUCUAAAUUGCAGCAUUUAAUUGUUUUACUGAAAAGUCUCCUGCGUCCUGCUGUGAAGCCUGGAAGUCAGAGUUCAGUGCGGUUUCUGUUGGAGGUGACUUUCCCCUUUGCAGCAGGGCUUGGAUCCUGAGGAGUACGUGCUCUCUGCUACAGCCCACAGCCUUGACUGGGGUUCUUGACUGCGCAAGUUAAGCAAGGUCAAACUGGUGCAACUGGAGGCUUCCUAAGGAAGUGGGACCUGCAGAAACGGGAUCGGUUAGAAUGGCAGCACGUAAUGUUUUCAGUAGGAGGUGCCGCAGCUUGCAGCUGUGAACCUGAGUCACGUGUGCCACUUACAACGCAUCAGGCUGGCACCUUACAAACUUUUCUUACUACCUUUUGCUUUGGGGCAGAAGUCAAAACUCUCACCCCAGUUUGCCUGAGCAGUGGACGGGAGAGGGAAGACACGUGGCUGUGUGGUUUGUUUUCAUACCUGUAGGAGAGACAAUGUAGCUGAAGGGGCUUUUUAAGAAAAACUGUACUACAGGGAGCUGUUCCAGGGUGGAUAGCUUCACAGUAAGGACAGCAUUUCCCUUUUUCCCUAGAGAGUGUGAAACUAGCUUGAAGACAAAGGACUGUUAACUGAACAUACUAGAUCUCCCUCUGGAUACGAUGCCUUGCUCCAUUUAAUAUCCUCUGGAACAGAUUAAGAGGGCAGAGCUGCAGCUCUGACUCACAAUUCCCUGUCCUCACUGGAAGUCCCAGCUCUGCUUUGUUGUUUCCUUGUCCUGCCUGGGCUGCUCCCUGAGAGUGCCUCAGCUGCCCUCCUUCCCCGUGUCAUGUCCAUCCAUCCAUCCCCACAAUCUGUGCAGGAGUGAGGAGGUUCAUUUUCCUAGGACAGAUUGCCACUGGCAGUUUCUCAGCAGGUGGGGAUGUCUCCAGGAUUUCUCAGGCCACUUUUGGUGCUCCAUAGCACAGAGACACCUCCGUGUACCUAAGAAUUAACGUUGCUUGGCCCAACAGAGGGGGAAAAAAAUACGAUAGUUUAUACUUAUUCCCAGCAUUUGCUGUGUAUCAUAGUGAGGUGGUGUUUAUAAAUACAAGCAUACACAUUUGGAAGAGUGUGGGAACUCCAUGCAAGCCAGUAUUGGACCACUGCCUCCACAUGAUGUCAGCAGAGUGUACUUUUGAAGCUGUCAUUCCGGGGGAGAUGUAAAAAUUCUGGUCUUGGCAACUGGAUUUCAUGGCUAACGUCACAGGACUUUGGUGUUAACUCUUGAACCGUGGUCUCAGUAGGACAGCAAGUGAGACAUGCUGUUCCCUCCACUCGUUCCUCAGUUUAAGGUCGCUGUAGUAUUUUAUGUGUGCUCUUCUACCCUCUAACGGAUUGUCAGACAACUGCUGUUCGCUCAUAUGUGGCUGCAUUCUGGUGGUAAAUGAAAAUUUCUCUGCACAUCUUAAAUCACUUUCUCUUGUGUUUUUUUUGUGUUUCCCAUGAAGUCAUGAGAUCUCUUACCAUAUGGUAAUGGUGAUACUGCUGUUGACAGGACAUAAUAUGGUGAGAAUCUUUACAUAAGUGAUCAGCGAUCUACCCAAAGAAAUUGGGAGCAAUCUGACCUCCAGCUCCUGGGGAUGUCUUCUGCUGAUGCCGGGCUUCAUGAUGAAAACAAGAUGCUUGUUUCUCUUUCCUUCCAGAGAGAAAUGUUCUAGCUUAGUUAUGAGAACUGGCUGGGAGAAACAAGCCACUUUUUUUUUUUUUUUUCUUUAUUAGUGAUAGAUGUGGUUAUUAGCUGCAGCCACCCCCCUCCAUCUAAUUGUGCUGUUGUCUUGUCUGUCCCAGGGCAGCAUUCCCUGCCUAGCAUCAGCUCGUUUCUGCAUUAACUCUUCAGUAAAAGAGCUCACAGCCUGAAUAACAGAAUUCCCAGAGACAAAAGCAAAGGCAAUUGAAAUGAUUCAUGGAAAAUUUGCCAAAAUCAGAUGGAUUCCCAGGCCACUGAGCCCCUCACCCAUCCAUCUCCCUUUCCCCUCCCCUUCCACCAGCCUUCCCUCCCCCACUCUGAGCCAGGCAUCUCUGAGAAAAGGCUCUGCCUUGCACAGCCUGUGUGACAGCAGGAGGGAGCAGGAGCUGGAGAUAGCAGGGAAGAGGAAGCCGUGCGUGGGGCUGGGAAGUGCUGCAUGCCGUCUUCUGAGACCACAUCCAAGCCUGGAAGAGCAGGGAACCUACUGCUUGCAGGAGCACCUUCUCUUGGCUGUUUGCUGGCAUCUGCAGCAGGUGCUUGGAGUCUAAAGAGGGCAGAAUGGGAUGAGAAACACCACUGGCAAUCCAGAUCGCAGUCCUUGCGAUGAAAACAACUGGCUGUGCAGCUGACCAAAAUGCAGCAGCAAGAGACAAAUAACCCGAGAGGAAAACCAGCAAAAGCAAAACCCAGGCUGCAGAAUUCCCUGACUCUGGAAUCAAAUACGUGUGUGUGGGCUGCUGAUCUGCCAUCUGACAGUUUCUUGCAAAGACCCUGAGGUUUUUUUUUGGUUUUUUUUCUGCUGUGAAUCUUCCCGCUAAUGCGAAGCAGUCUGGCUUGCAAAUAUUUCUCCAGUAGUUUGACAGGAGCUGGCGUUUUCUGCACUGAAUUCUGAGCAUGUGAAGGGACAAGGCAUGCCUGUAGCCAGAAUCCCGAGGCUCCCCGGGAAACGGAUUCUGUGAGGCGAAAGGUUAAAGUGGGAUCAUGGGAGGGAAGCAGGUCAAAUGUCUUGCAUCGCCCAGUCCUAUCCACAGUGUGAAAAGUGAAUCCACUGUAGCCCCGUCAGAAGAGAAGGAAAGGCUUGUGAUCAUCCACACUGAAGAAACAGAAACUAAAACAGAAGAGACAGAAACUCAUUUCCAACCUGAGUGGCAAGCAGGGAACCCUGGGUCAUAUUUGGAGAACUCAUGGGAGGAGCAGCUUUUGGAACAACAGGACCAUUUGGAAAAGGAGAUGGAGGAAGCAAAGAAGAUGAUUUCAGGUUUGCAGGCUUUAUUGCUCAAUGGGUCUUUGCCUGAGGAUGAGCAGGAAGGGUCCUUUGAACUUUGUGAACGUGGAGCCUGCCCUGAGGAACAGCUGAUCAUAAUCCGAAGUCGCCUGGACCAGAGUGUGGAAGAAAAUCAAGACCUAAAGAAGGAGCUAUUGAAAUACAAACAAGAAGCUCGAAACCUACAGGGAAUAAAGGAUGCUUUACAGCAAAGGCUGGUUCAGCAGGAUGCUUCAGUUCUUCAGCUAAAGCAGGAGCUGCUGAGAGCAAACAUGGACAAGGAGGAGCUGCACAACCAGAACGUUGAUCUUCAGAGGAAGGUUGAGGAGAGAAACCGGCUACUGGCAGAGUACAAAAAAGAACUGUGCCAGAAGGACCGGCAUUUACAGCAGCAUCAGACCAAACUGGAUGAAAUGCUUAGGCAGCUUUCUGAGGCCAGCUACCAACAGGUGGAUUUGGAGCGGGAGCUGGAGCACAAAGAGGCCCUGCUAGCUCACUGCAUGAAGAGAGAAGCUGAAGAGGUGAUGGCUUACAGCGGUCACAGCGCUCAGAGCAACGGCUUCCUCCAGACAGCAGCAAAAGGAGCUGCUCCCACAGCCCACCGAGGGACAAAUGACUUGCAGCUGGUUCGUGAUGCCCUUCGCAGCCUCAGGAACAGUUUCAGUGGCCAUGACCCACAGCACCACACCAUUGACAGCCUGGAGCAGGGCAUCUCCAGCCUGAUGGAACGGCUGUACCGCAUGGAAACACAGAAGAGGCAAGAGAGAAGGAUACGGGGGAAAUCACCGGCAAGCAGAGCAACAAACGAGUGUAGAGACUCCUGGCCUCCCAAAUCCAAACUGCCUCAUUCUCACAGCACACCCGUGAUGAGCACCAGUGCCUGCACCAAAGUGUUGUACUUCACUGACCGCUCCCUCACGCCUUUCAUGGUCAACAUACCAAAGAGGUUAGGGGAAGUGACUCUGAAGGAUUUUAAGGUAGCUAUCGAUCGUGAAGGAGCCCACCGGUACCACUUCAAAGCCCUGGAUCCAGAGUUUGGCACUGUCAAGGAGGAGGUAUUCCAUGAUGAUGACAUCAUUCCUGGUUGGGAGGGGAAAAUUGUGGCCUGGGUGGAAGAAGACCAUGGGGAGAAUUAAUCAAGCUUUUAAGUCCUGUCACUAUGGAAACCUGUAACUGGCUGCUGAGCUCAAAGAAUGACCAAAAAAGCCUGUGUGCUGGAAGGAGUCCAAUUCAAGCUGCCAAAACAGAGGGCUUCUCUGCAAACAAUGGGUAAUGCAUGUUGCGUGCGUAGAUGCUGGCAUCUGACUUUACAUGCCCAAACACAGACAGCGUUCCGAGACUGAAAUGACAGGUCUGUGGGAAAGAAACACCUUGUUUUGUCCGGCCAGCUAAACCCUGAAGGCCUUAAUGAUGCGUUGCUCCCUCCCGCUGCAUCUCCAUUUCUGUGACGCGCUGCAGACUGUGAUCUGGGCGUUCCAGGUUGGGUUUCUGGUCCGCGGUAUUCGGUACCCCUGCACUGAUGGCAAAAACGUGAAGCUUUGCCUUCAGGGGUCAGAAGCCGCUGCUGCUAGAUUGUGUGAGCGGAAGGUUUGACCAGCUUUGGGCCUGGACUUGCACGUGCUGCAGGAGCGAGAGUGAACUUUCUGGAUGUUCCAGACUGACAGCAUAGAAAUCUGACGCAGGGAGGGAAGACAGUCUUCUGGAGGCUUUACGUGUGGUCUAAAGCAAAGAUCACCAGCUUGGCAAAGCUCCCUUUCUCCUGGACUCAGGCUUCCAUUUCCUAGCCCUGCUUUUCCCAGUUGCUCUCCAAAGCUGUACUCACUUCCGAGGCCCUCUGUGCUUGCUUUGUUGCCAUGGGGACUGCGGGAUCUUGGUGCUUGCUUGUUUGCUGAAGGACUUCAUUUGCGAGGGAGCUAGAAUCAGCUGCUUCCCUGAGGUAUUUCCAACCCCUCUCCUCGUUGAGCCUCUUUCCCCACACUCCUGCUCUCUCUCAGCAAGGCAGACAGUUUGUCACCUCCCAUGCACAGGCAUCGCUGUGUGCUGCUGUCCGCUCGUUGCCCAGGCCACCGAACGCUUAUCCACACCGGUAGGAUAAACCCCAUCAGUUCCACGGUGUGCCUGAAGGAUCAGGAAACAAACGACUGCUUGGGAAAGAACAAGCCCUAAAAUCCAUGGGGGUGUGUUUCGCUUCUUGGUUUGGUUUUUUUUGUUUGUUUGUUUGCUUGCUUCUGCAUUGCCUGUCUCGGCCCUUCUGCUGCCAGUCGGCUGUACUUCCAGAGCGCGGGCUGUGGUGUGCAGCAGGCACUGUUGACCUAGAAGGUCAAAUGGCAAGUCAAGGCUCUGCUCGUUCUUGGUACCUGUGGCCCUUCCGUGGGCUACCUGUGGCCCUUCCGUGGGCUACCUGUGUGUCUGUGCUGUGCAUGAGGCUGGGAGAGGGUGAACGUGGUUUUACUGUUUUAUAUUGACAUGUCCUUUUGUAAACAUGUUCCUGUUCUUGGAAUUAUUUUGUACCAGUUUACAUUUGUCUGAGGACUGUGGAUAUUUUUAUACUAGUGCAAGUGCUUUCUGUAUAUUUCUGCACGCAUUAUACUGUGUUUCACUCA